GAUUCAGCAUCAGUCGAACACUUCUCGUUGUGCGCUCGCAGUCGCUUUGAAAGCUAAACAAUUAAAUAAGAAUUUUAAACUUUUCUAAGUUCGUUAAAAACAAAAGUAACCGAAAAUGAAGUUCUACGUGUGCGUUGUUGCUGUUUUCGCUAUUGUUUUCGCCAGUAUGUGCUUUGUGAGUGAAGCGGCGGUGGCACGCGCCCAAUACAAAAACUCAGCUUACCCUGGCAAAUGCUAUAUCAGUGAGGACUUGAUUUUGUCUUCUGGCCAAACCGCUAAGGCACCCACUAAUCCCUGUGCCAGCAUCAAGUGUCUGGGCGAUGGAAAUGUUGAGUUCACAACUUGUCCUGCUGUGGCGCCACCUAAAGGCUGCAAGCAACGCGACUUCGUCAACGCUAAGCGCGCCUAUCCCGACUGCUGUGAGCGUGCCUACGACUGUACGCGUAGCUUUUAAGUGAAGUGAAUACAAGAGAAGCGGAAGAUAGAAAGGGAAAAGCAGGAGAGAAAUCACUUAACAGAAAUACCCAAUGGAAACCACAAGCAGCUUCACUACGAACAUCAACUAGCAUUAAAUCCAUUAUAGCCAAUAAAAAAUCACUAUCAUUCGACAGCGAGACACCGUCAUCACCAUCGCCAUCGCCACCAUCAUCAACACCAUCUCAACAGCAAUACAUCGGCGUCAUUUUAAUCAUCAGCAAUCACCUAGUGCCAUCUCGUAGUCAUUUGCUUCCUCAUUGCCGUUGCCGAGGUGUGUGAGUCAGGUCACAAACACGCCUUGCCUUAUACGGCACCAACACGCACAUACCAUAUCAUUGCGCAUGCGCACGCACGCCCAUACUCGCAUACUCGCAAACCAAUAUUUAAACCAUUUAAGCCCAUUAAGCUCAUCUUAAAGUACAAUGUUUUUGGCCGGCUGCUAGCUGUAACUGAGAUGUCUAGCUUGGCGCAGCCGGAUAGCAAACCAGCAUAUCCCUGCCAUUAUUCGCUGGGAACUUCCGCGACGGCAUUUAACAGCGUCACCGUCACCGGCAAUCAUUUUAGUAACAUAAGUUGGUUUUGGUUUUUCGUUUUUUUUUUUAUUUUUAACCAUCUGCACUAUUUAUUACUUUAGCACUCAUAUUUAACUUUUUGUUUGUUUUUGUUUUUUUUUACUUAUUAUUUAUUAUGUCGUUCAUUUAAUACUUUUGUUCAUAAUUUAUUAGUUUAUAUUUUAUGCAUUUUUAAAUUGUUGAAAUUUUAUUUUCUUUCACUUCAUUCACUUAUGGAAUUUUUGUCAUUACACAUUCUCCGCACCAAUAAGGAUUAUAAAAUAAAGUUAAGCUUUAAAUAUAAAA